AUGGGUCAGCUUGGUAUGAUGCCACCUGGAGUGGAUGAGCAGGGAUCGGUGCUACCUGGCAUGGAUCGGCGUGGUAUGAUGCCACCACUGGAGCAGCUCAGCCUGGGUUGGUCCAACCAGGAGCAGCUCAGCCUGGUUUGGUCCAACCAGGAGCAGGUCAGCCUGGUUUGGUGCAACCAGGAGCAGCUCAGCCUGGUUUGGUGCAACCUGGAGCAGGUCAGCCUGGUUUGGUCCAACCAGGAGCAGCUCAGCCUGGUUUGGUCCAACCAGGAGCAGGUCAGCCUGGUUUGGUCCAACCAGGAGCAGGUCAGCCUGGUUUGGUGCAACCUGGAGCAGGUCAGCCUGGUUUGGUCCAACCAGGAGCAGGUCAGCCUGGUUUGGUGCAACCAGGAGCAGCUCAGCCUGGUUUGGUCCAACCAGGAGCAGCUCAGCCUGGUUUGGUGCAACCUGGAGCAGGUCAGCGUGGUUUGGUCCAACCAGGAGCAGCUCAGCCUGGUUUGGUGCAACCUGGAGCAGGUCAGCCUGGUUUGGUCCAACCAGGAGCAGGUCAGCCUGGUUUGGUGCAACCAGGAGCAGCUCAGCGUGGUUUGGUCCAACCAGGAGCAGCUCAGCCUGGUUUGGUCCAACCAGGAGCAGCUCAGCCUGGUUUGGUGCAACCUGGAGCAGGUCAGCGUGGUUUGGUCCAACCAGGAGCAGCUCAGCCUGGUUUGGUGCAACCAGGAGCAGCUCAGCCUGGUUUGGUGCAACCAGGAGCAGCUCAGCCUGGUUUGGUCCAACCAGGAGCAGCUCAGCCUGGUUUGGUGCAACCCGGAAUGGGUCAGCGUGGUUUGGCACAACCUGGUUCAGCUCAGCCUGGGUUGGUCCAACCAGGAGCAUCUCAGCCUGGUUUGGUCCAACCAGGAGCAGGUCAACCUGGUGCAGGUCAGCCUGGUUUGGUGCAACCUGGAAUGGAUCAGCGUGGUUUGGUCUACCCUGGUGCUGAUCAGGGUGGUUUGGCCCAGCCUGGUGCAGGUCAGCCUGAUUUGGCACAACCUGGUUCAGCUCAGCCUGGGUUGGUCCAACCAGGAGCAGCUCAGCCUGGUUUGGUCCAACCAGGAGCAGCUCAGCCUGGUUUGGUGCAACGUGGAGUGGGGCAGCGUGGUUUGCUUCCCUAUAGCAGUGGAAACAUUUCGUCUGAUGGGAGAGCUCAUUGGCCUUUAUGUAGAGCUCAAGGAGAACAUGAAGGAGCUGGAUGAGGAGAAGGCUGGCCAGACCGACUUAGAGAAGUUACAUCACCAGGAAAAGCAGGUACAUCUUGCUGCUUUCCAGGGUAGUUUCACUGUGGGGGGCUGGGAUGGGGGGCCUGCUGGAGAUCCCACCCUUCUGACUAUAAGGCCUCCAUUUUUCGUAGUCAAAAAGACUAUACCACCUGACCUGCAGGAACAGCUGAAGACCUUAAAGGCCUUGACCAAAGAAGUGCGGCAGGAAAGAGCCAAACUGGACAAGAUACAGAGGCUCCUGGAGGGCGAAAGGGAACAGGAAAUCGGAAAAGAAAUGAAAGACGACCAGCUGAGCACGCAGCUAGGAAUCCUCAGAGUCACCGUGGCCGACAUUGAGAAGGAGUUGGCCGAGCUCAGGGAGAGCCAAGAGCAGGGCAAGGUCAGCAUGGAACAUUCAGUCUCCGAAGCCUCUCUCUACCUGCAGGACCAGCUGGACAAGCUCAGGACGAUCAUCGAGAGCAUGCUGGCCUCAUCCUCCACGCUGCUGUCCAUGAGCAUGACUCCUCGCAAGAUCCUAACAGCCUCGGCACCUAGCCAGAUCGACCCUGAGACCACCUGCCCGGCCUGCAGCCUGGACCUGGGCCAUCAGGUCAGCCUGCUGGUGCAGCGUUACGAGCAGCUCCAGGACAUGGUCACCAAUCUGGCUGCCACCCGGCCCUCCAAGAAAGCCAAGCUGCAAAGCCAGGACGAAGAGCUGCUGGGCCACAUCCAGAGCGCCAUCCUGCAGGUACAGGGCGACUGCGAGAAACUCAACAUCACCACCGGCAGCCUCAUCGAGGACCAUCGGCAGAAGCAGAAGGACAUUGACGUGUUGUACCAGGGUCUGGAGAAGCUCGAGAAGGAGAAGGCCAACAGGGAGCACCUGGAGAUGGAGAUUGACGUGAAAGCUGACAAGAGUGCCCUGGAGGCCAAAGUGAGCCGGGUCCAGUUUGACGCCACCACGGAGCAGCUGAACCACAUGAUGCAGGAGCUGAUGUCUAAAAUGAGCGGGCAGGAGCGGGACUGGCAGAAAAUGCUGGACAAGCUGCUGGUGGAGAUGGACAGCAAGCUGGACCGCCUGGAGCUGGACCCCGUGAAGCAGUUGCUGGAGGAUCGGUGGAAAGCCUUGCGGCAACAGCUUAAAGAGCGCCCUCCCCUCUACCAGGCAGACGAGGCAGCGGCCAUGCGGAAGCAGCUCUUGGCACAUUUCCACUGCCUCUCGUGCGACCGUCCCUUGGAGACACCUGUGACCGGACAAAUUAUCCCUGUGAUUCCCAUGGGCCCAGGCCUGCCCGGGCACCGUUCCAUCCGCCCCUACACGGUCUUUGAACUGGAGCAGGUCCGGCAGCAGAGCCGCAACCUGAAGCUGGGCUGUGCCCCCUUCCCUCGGGGCGACUUGGCGCACACGGAGCGGAGCGUGGGACGCCUGCGCACCAUGCACUCCAAGAUGCUGAUGGACAUUGAGAAGGUGCAGAUCCACUUUGGAGGCUCAGUCAAGGCCAGCAGUCAGAUGAUCCGUGAGCUGCUGCAGGCCCAGUGCCUGAGCGCCCCCUGCCACAGACGGGUGCCAGAUAUGGCCGACUACACCUACUCGAGCGCGCCUCGGCGCUGCGGGGGCAGCCACACCCUCACCUACCCCUCCCGCCGCAACCGCCUGCAGCACCUGUCACAGGGCCUGUACCCCACCGAGGAGAUCCAGAUCGCCAUGAAGCAUGAUGAGGUGGAUAUCUUGGGCCUGGAUGGACAUAUUUACAAGGGACGGAUAGAUACAAGGCUGCCGGGCAUCCCGAGCAAAGACACCCCGGUCUCAGCUUCGGGGAUGACAAAGCACAAGGCCAAGCAGCCCCGGCCGCACACGCACCGGCAGCAGUCCCUCAGCGUCAGCAGCCAGCUGCCCUCCCGGCCACAAAGUGCUCAGAUGCUGGCUGGCAACAAUUCAGCUCCUUCCCAUCAGCGCAAAGACAGACCCGUCUCCUCCGAGGGGCUCCUCUCCCAGCCGAAUGUGGCCCACCCGCCCAGCCCCAGCGAGAUGGGAAACCGGCCGCCGGAUGUGGACGUGCACCUGGAUGUCCCGCCGGGGGAGGGUCUCGAGGAGCCCACCCGGGGGCCGAGGUCCACCACUGCUCACUGAGCAAAGCUACAAAUAAAUGUUUAGGAAGAA